AUGCUGCACAAGGCGCUCAUGAAGUCGAACAAGUGGACAUUGCUCCUUACGCAAUACGGAACGCAGCUUGUGGUGACUUCCCUCCCCUUUGAGCUGCAAGGGUCAUGCGCUGGGGGCUCACCAUUCUGUGAUGGCUCCACUUGUUACGGCACAGCCUGUGUCACGCCGGGAGCAGGCUGCAUGACAGGGUGCUUGGACACGCAAUGCGGGAAUUGUUUGCCCACAAAUACAGGGGCUGCCUGUCGGUCAGCCGCACAAUGCACGGGGUCGAACCCUCUGCUGUCCAGCAAUGGGCUCACAAGCCUGAUACCCGGCUCUUCUCACUUGUGUCAGAUCAUCUCCGUCAACGAGACUUUGUUCGGCGGCAAGUCCUUCGGGCCCAUUUCGGUCGCUCUCAAAGACCCUAGCUUCAAGACCGUGACCACGGCCAGUGGGAUUCCUGUCAGUGUACAACUGAUGGGAUGUCGAGCAAGGUGCGACCUGGUAGGUCAGACGGUGCAGAUCAUGUCUUACGGCGAAGCCGUCUUUGACUCCUUGAAAAUAUUGCAAGUCGGGGCCUCCUACUCUCUGCGAUUUCAACUAGAACAAACCUGUACAAUAUCUUCAUGUAUUCCUCAUGGAAUAUUAGCAACUUCUAUAUCAUUCUUUGAUGUUAUACCUGGCCAACUGUCUUACCUCUCUAUCGAUGUGUUUCCUCAGCAAGCAAUAGCGAACAGUGACUUCAAUCCAAGUCCUACAAUUUCAACGCGUGAUGCUGGUGGAAACAUCAUUCCUCUUCGGAUGCAGAUUACUGUUUCCAAAGGGGCUCGUGGAGACGGUGUGGCUAUCUUCAGCAGAAAUGGGCUGAACUAUCGUUUCAGCGAUCAAGGAGUCGCUGUCUUCUCUGGGAUCUUUGUCAGCAUCGUUUCUGUCUACGACGUGGUCUUCAACACCAGCAUCGGAAACAUCUCUUUCGCAGUGACUUACAGCGGUCUUGUCGUGACCGGAAGUGAACAGUUUUUAACGAUUUCAAACAGCUUUCCAAACAUUAAGACAUAUGCCUCUCUUGUGCCCUUCGAGGUUCAGCCAUCUAUUGUUGUCACCGACCAGCGUGGGUCAGUAGUUGAGUCCAGUCAACUGAUUGUAGAAGCCUGGGCACUUGAUGGUCAGACACAAGCUCUGCAAGCAAUGUCCGGUUCCAGCAGAUUGCAAUUUGUCAAAGGAGUUGUCAGGUUCACAGACUUGUCGAUUGGAAGAGCAGGUGUUGGAUAUAAAGUUCGGUUCCAGUCCGGCGCAAUCUCAGUGACUACGGCAAACAGUUUUGAUGUGAUACCAGGCCAAGCAGCCUCUAUCGAGGUGGUACGUCAACCUGCUGUUAACUGGACAGCAGGAGAAUUUUCCUAUCUUAACCCUCGCAUUCGUCUUCUGGAUCGUUUUUCGAAUGUUAUCGUUCAGGGCGUGACAAUCUUGACCUAUAUCCAGUCAGUUGGCAGCAUCGCUAAUAGUCUGCCUUCUGCCGUCUUUACUUCCAACAUCUCUCAAGCUCAAUAUGCCGAUCAGGGAUUUGUAGAGAUUGCAAACCUGCACCUGGAGAUCGCAGGAAGGUAUGAGUUGGUGUUGACUAUUGGAAACAUCUCCAACGUUUCGUCAUCAUUUGAGGUGUUUCCUGCUGCAAUCUUCGAGCUCUUCAUUGCUCGUCAACCCUUCGCCGGAGUGGUCGGAAGUGCGUUGCAACCUGCUCCGCUGGUGGAGCUGCAUGACAGGUUCGGCAACACAAUCAUGGACGGAAUCAGCAGCUUCUCAUGCUCUGCGAUCCUCCAAUCAAAUCCCACAGGAGCAACUCUCAUGUGCUCCGGCUCCUUUCCUUGCCUGGAGAACUUUGUCAAUGGGCAAGCAAAAUUUGCGAGCAUCUCUCUCAACAAUGCUGGAAAGGGCUAUCAAUUGCUGUUCACGGCACAAAUUCAAACAGGGAAUGGUAUUAUCGCGCAACUCACUGCAUCCUCUCAGCUCUUUGACGUAUCAGGCUUGGUAUCUUCAGCUCUCGUGACUCUCCCUGCCUCUAACCUUCAGUGUGGUCAAGUUUUCGAUGUGCUUGUAACACUGAUGGAUGUUUACGGCAACACAGUGAGAGCAAGUCAAGACGGAGUUGCUGUCGAGAUGCUGUCUGUGACAGACGGGAAGCUGUUGAGCAUACAGGGCACGACUAUCGUCCUGGCGAGAAAUGGGGUCGCUGACUUCACCAACCUGAUCGUCGGGAAUGUGGGAGAGAGUUUUCAGUUCGUGUUCUCCUGCAAUGUCUCGAAGAUCAACAUCAGAUCGCAGACUUUUGCCGUCUGGUUUGGACGUCCCAGCUCCAUUCAGCUGCUCGUCUCUCCGGCAGUCUCAAGAGUCGGAGAGCAAAUGAUGAUGGAGCUGAUGGUGGUGGACGUAUGCUCGAGCAUCGUCCUGGGUUUCAACUCGAAUGCCUCUUUUUCGCUUGUGGAUGACAACAAGCAGGUGCAUAUGCUUGGAGUGAUUCAGCUCAUCAGCGGUCAAGCGAUAUUGGCUUUCAACUUAUCCACUAUCGGUCAGGACAUGGCAAUCUUGUCAUACGCGAGCUCCUUCAACGUCUCUGGAGUUUCCAACAGUUUCUCCGUGUCGUUCGGCGUGAUCGCAUCGCUGCACGUCGAGACCGUCGCGACCAGUGCCGUCGCUCUUGUUCCCCUCAGCCCAGGAGCGACGCUGAGCGCAAGGGAUGCAGGAGGAAAUCUCGUAACGGAUUUCGGUGGUGACGUCCUAGCCCGAAAGCUCAGCGGAAGCUCAGCGGACUCGAACCUCGUCGGAGUGACGCAGGUGGCAGCGGCCCAAGGGAUGAUCUCUUUCUUCGACCUGCAGAUCACCACCUUAGACACCAGCUUCAGGAUUGAGUUUCUUUACUGGAACGUCUCCAGCAGCUUUAUAGUUCGCACUUCCUCUCCCCCCAUCGUCGUAACGGGCAGCGUUGCAGAGCUGAGGCUGAUUUCCAUCGCUGAGAACGCAGCAGGCGGCAGACCCUUCGGCACUCAACCAGCUCUGGCUGUGUUCGACCAGUUCGGUUCCACCGUCCUGUCCUACAGCAGAUACGCUCGUGUCCAGGCCAACGACACAAUUGCAGACCCACUGCUGGGAACUACCAGCAUCGCCUUCCAGAGAGGUAGAGCCUUCUUCACAGACCUCCAGCUCUCCCUCGCUUCCAGCGCUCGAGUUCUGCUCUUCUCGACGGACGGGCUGUCCGUGAAGCAGGUCCUGACGGUGCAGCAAGGGACUCCUACCGCUCUGGUAGUGGUCCAGGGGCCAGUCGACUCAUUCGGCUUCAAAGUCUUCCAGCAAAGCGUGUCGGUGAAGGUCGUCGACCAGGGGCUGAACGCGGUGUCCAGCACGUUCAGCUGCGCGAUCUCCCUGACCAACGGCAACUCUGCUCUUCUCUCUGGCACCUUGAGGAAGCUGACGAGCAACGGAAUAGCGAGCUUCACAGACAUCAGAAUCGACUCAGCUGGAUUCGGCUUCGCUCUCAACUUCUCCUGCUCAUCGCAGGACGGAACUCUCUCGCUGUACAAGGUGAGCUCCCCCUUCCGCCUCUACGGAUCGGCAGUGGCACUCUCCCUCUACAGGUUUCCAGCAGGAGCGAUCGCAGACGCGAGCUUCUCCCCGGCAGUGGAGCUUCGCCUGCUCGACGAGACUUACAAUCACAUUCCGGUGAUUGAGAGCCUUGACUGCACGGCCUCCGCUGUCGGAAAUCUUGUCUUCAGCAACGGGAUCUUCAGUGUGAGAGGAGCUUUCGGGAUUGCAAACUUCUCAGAUAUCAGAGUGAGCUUUCCGACCGACAGCCAAAUCAGCGGGAAGCAAAUUCUCUUCAAAUGUCAGUAUAAGACAAGCUGCUUCCGAGUGAUGUCGCCUUUCUUCAGCAUCACAUAUGCAGUCUCCCAGAUCUCCAUUCUCUCUCCGCCCAGCUACAGUCUGGUGAUGGCUGGUGAGGUCAUCAAUCCCCCUCCCCUCCUCCAAGCCCUCGAUAGCCUCGGGCGGAUAGUCUACGGUUCGAGCAGCGCAGUCAAGGUCUCUCUUAUCUAUGACAACAGCAUUAUCGCUGGCCUUCAGGGAACUUUGUCGACACAAUUCAACGCUGGAGUUUCGAACUUCACCGACUUGUUUCUCAGUACGACCGGCGGGCCGUACACUCUCAAGUUUGAGAUCCCUGGCACCUCAACAACCAUCCCUCCGGUCUAUGUCAGCAUACUGAAUGUGACCAACGGCCCUGCCCGAUCCCUGCAGCUCGUCACACAACCCCUGACCGUCGCUGCUGACACAGUCUUCUCUGUUCAACCCUGUCUUGGAGUCAAUGAUGGGUAUAGCAACCUUGCUGUUGUCGCGAAUGCACAGGUCAGUGUUGAUUUGAUCGCCUCCAACUCCAGCUUCGCAGUUCUGGGAGGUGACACGAUCGUGCAAACACAUCAAGGAUACGCAACAUUCACCAACCUGCAAAUACAGAAUGUCUCAGUGGAUGAGACUUUCAUGCUGCGGUUCACUUUGCUCUCCUCGGCUUUGCCGUCGCAUCCAUCCGUUUCAGUGACAUCAAAUGCUGUCAAAGUUCUACUCGGAUUCGUCCAGACCAUCUCCUUCGUGCGACGCCUUCCUCCCGCUCUUGUCUCAGCUCAGCCCCACCAGCUUUACUUCCGCGCGUCAGAUGUCGCCAACAACUCUCUGACACAGCCCUGCAAUCUCACCAUCACUCUUGUACCUCUCAGCUCAGACUACAACGCGACGAAUGUGUCACGCGUGGUCAACAAUCUGAAUCCUUCCAACGGCGUUUUCCAAGUGAACGUAACAGUGAAUCAAGUAGGGCGAUAUCUGAUGUUCUUGUCUAUCAACCGAGCUCUUUCCCCUCCAAGUGAGUUUCUGGUUCUGCAAGGUCAGCCGUGUUGCCUCAGACUGCUCUCACAACCGAGGGACACGAUGAUCGGCAAAACUAUUGUCCCUGCCCCUCAGAUCAUCGCGGUGGAUGCCGGGGGCAAUUCCAUCAUACGAACUGGGCUGCUUGUCAAUGUGUCUCUCAGCAACGUCCUCUUGCCCACCGCUCGACUAGACGGCAACACGUCAGUGCAGAUGCAGGAGAACUUGGCUGACUUCACUGACCUGAGCGUGAAUCUCGCGGGGAGCGGCUUCUCUCUUGUCUUCGUUGCCGAAAACCUCCAGCCUGCUCUUUCCUCAUCCUUCAUAGUGACAGGGACGGUGAGCAACCUUGAGAUCCAGAUCACCGCGAUCGAUCGCAUCGCAGGAGCACCUUGGCUGGGUCAGCCUCAAGUGCUUUUCCGUGACAACGAUGACUCGCGCAUCUCGUGCGACUGUAUCAAAGGGUCAGUCCUCGUCUCUCUUUACGUCGACGGGAAGGCUUCGUCUGCUCUGGAGGGAACCAAACAGCUGGACGUGCACAAGGAUGUCGUCUACUUCACCGAUCUCUCCAUCAAGCUCGCUUCCUCCAAGCUCUCGUUGAAAUUCGUGUUCACCCCUGUUGGUUAUGGGAAUCCGAUUGUGAAUUUCUCGCGCCCGUUCGAGGUCAUCGCUGGAAGAGCCUCCAACUUAGUAGUAGUCUCCGAGAUGGACUCGAGUCUCCGUGGCAUCGCUCCCGGGAAACAACCGGUUGUUGCGAUUCUCGACGCGUUCAGUAAUGUAGUUUUAAGCUUCGUCGGGGCUCUUGAUGUGAAGUUAUCGAAGUCGACAGAAGACAAGGGAGUGCUCAACGGACAUACGACAGCAGCGUUUAUCAACGGCACAGCAUCCUUCACCGACCUCAGCAUCACUCCUGUGUCAGGAAGCAGCGCUUUUUUUGUCUUGCUCUUCUCUUCCUCGGGAUUCGCAGUAUCCUCAACCCCGGUAGAGAUAGUCUCGGGCCCCAUUGCCACCAUCGUCUCCAAGGUCGUUACGUUGGGUAGCAUAUUGCAGAUGAACGGCCUCUUGCAGCCGCAGCCUCAGAUCGCCGCCGUUGACACCAGCGGGGGAGUAGUGACUGACUUUGAUGGGGACAGCUGCAACUCGGCAGGAUGUUUCAUCUCUGUCGCCAUCAGUGGCGCCUCCUCCUCUCUUCUAGGUGGUCAAACAAGUGUGAAAGCGCAGGCAGGAGUGGCAACCUUCACGGACUUGAGGAUCGCGGUCAACGGGACCUACGCGCUCGUCUUCUCUGCCAACGCUCUCUGGGGGUCGACGGUCUUCUCUACCGUUCAGAGCAACGUGGUGGUCUCGAGCAUCAGCGCUCUUGAGAUUGAAGUCCCUCCGGCUCUCGCGGUCAACGGGCAGAUGCUCAGGAGGCAACCGACAUUGCGAAUCGUCUCAUCGUCCGCGUCCAGCACAGUCCUCGCCUCCAGCCAUCUCGUCACUGCCCGCCUCGUGUCCUCGUCGACCUGCAAGGGGCUUGGUAGCCCGUCAGCACUUGAGACGACAGUGAGAGCACAACAAGGCAGGGCUGUUUUCUCCAACAUCUCUAUCUUCGCGGAGUCAGGGUUUUGUUCGUUGCAGUUUCUCAUAUCACUAGCUGACAAUGCCAGCGAACCAUUUCUCUCUGUCAACUCGCAGCCGAUUUACAUCAUGCAGAACUCGCCCUCACUGAUACUGCAGAGCCAACCGAGCAAUGAGAGCGGCGGUCUGCCAUUCCAUCAGCAGCCGCAACUCGUUGCCCAACAGCUGGACGGGAAGAUCUUGGCAGGAAACGGAUUUGUGACCGCAUCGCUUGUAGAUUCGAAUGGAAGAGUCUCAAUGCUCAGGGGCAGCACGAAGGUGCUCUUUUACUCAAACGUCGUGACGUUCACAAACCUCGCCAUCGACAGAGUAGGACGGGGGUAUCGUCUUCUGUUCACUUACAUGGACAUAUCCGUAUGGUCUGAUCCGUUUCAAGUUGUGAAUGGUUCCAUCGCAAGUUUGUUUCUCCUUCAACAGCCUACUCAUGUGCACGCUGGUGUCAGUUUUUCACAACCUGUCACGGCUUGCGCCAAAGAUGCAGGUGGAAACGAUGCGAUCAUACAGGCGUCGAACAAUUUUGCUGCGACGCUUGUGUACCUCAAUCUUGCUUCUCUGCAUGGAUCAACAGCAACAACACAAGAAAAUAAUUGUGUAAUCUUCUCAUCUUUGGCCAUCGACACGCCUGCCAAGGAGUAUCGCCUCAAGAUCUCGGAGACCUCCACCAGCAUCUCCGUGAUUUCAGACAAGUUCGAUGUGCAUGGCGACGUUGCCCAUCUCGUCCUUGACUUCUUUCCCGCCAAGAAUUUUACUGCUGGGCAAGUGCUGGAGCCCAAGGCUGUCCUCCUCCUUUCUGACAACUACGGCAUCAGGGCAUGGACCUCCCGCGCUGAUGUCUCGCUGGCUCUCCAAAUGUCGCAGGGCAACGGCACCAUCACUCUGCCAGCAACAGCCUUCGACGGCGGCGCGACAACUUGUGAGAUCGGCCUCUGCUCGUUGGCCAACAUCACUAUCUUUCAAGCUCAUGAAAGUCUCGUUCUCUCCUUUGCAAUUGGUUCCUCCUCAGUGUCCAGCCCUUCCUUCUCCAUCACAGCCGGUCCUGUCGCAUCCCUUCACUUCGUGCAAGUGCCAGCUGGUAGUCAGUUUCUCGGAGUUCCACUUCUCCCCUUUCCUGUCAUCGAAGCACUAGACAAGUUUUCAAAUCGUGUCUAUGGGACCUACACCGUAUCUUCAUGCUUUCAAAUUGUGAAUCAAGCUGCAGGUCCCAACCUUACCGCUUGUCAUCCGGACCAAUCCUUUUCCAAAAAUUGCUCAGCUGGCAUGUGUAGAUUUGACAACCUUUUCCUCAAAACGAGUCAUAUAGAAGGAGGCGUAUCUGCAUUCCUUCACUUCUACAUGAAUUUGACGGGAUCGAUACUAACCUCUCUUGUCUCAAGCCUCUUGUCUUUCCGCCAAAGCAGCCCAAGACUUGUGAUUACUCGAACCCCUUCUCUUUGUCGAUCUGCGAUGCCCUGUCCUCAAGGACCUGUGGUCGAGCUUCAGGAUGCAGGAGGAUUUCAAUUCAACAACCUGCAAGGAGGAUUUUCCUUUCUUCCUGUGAAAAUGCAAAUUGCUGCUUCUUCAACAAACACGAGUAUUCUUCGUCUAAAUGGAGUUCAAUGUCCAUGCCUGGUGCAAUUGAACCAGGGGAAAGCUAUCUUCGAUAAGAUAUCCUUUGAUCGUCCUGCUUUGUUCUAUUCCUUACAAUUCUCGUUGGAUGCGCUUGGGCUGGAUUCAAUUCUGAGUGACGGGUUUGCAGUGUUUGGACCUGUGGUGAAAAUGGAUUUGCAGACUACUCUGCAACCGAGAGUUGCACUCACGGCACUGAUAGAUUUUACCUUACAACUCUCAGAUGCAAACGCUCUGCCUCUUCCUGGAGUUGAAAUGCUCAUGAAGACUGUAGCGAUGGGAGCCAGCGAUCCAACUUGCGUCUUCCUCCAUGAUCCACUUGCUUCACUGGAGGUCGCUCAAGCAUCCAAUGGGUCAGGUGUGGUCGACUUCAAGAGCAAUUCGUUCAAUACCUUCUAUGGUUGUCGACUGAAAGUUUGUUUCGAGGCAAUAGACAAAACUCUCGUAAUUGACCGGUUCAAGCUUUCGAAUUCUGUCUGCUCUAUCGUCUUCGAUGUCGUCCAUGAUUCACCUAAAUCACUGCUCCUUGCUCCCCAUCACUCCCUCUGGACAAGCGACGACAUGCCAUUGGAUCCUUUUGUUGUGUAUGCUCGAGAUCAGUUCAAUCAUACAACCAACUUUUCCUCCGCCUGGGUCAACUUGAGCAUAUCUCGUGGCAGUGAAGUGCUCUCUCAAACCUUCUCGCAGCAGUUGCUAUCUGGGGCAGCUUCCUUUACCUUAGACCUUCCACGAGCUGGAGUGUAUCUUCUCAACUUCUCUUUGUAUCUUUCUUGGCAUGAGGCAAGCAAUGUCACGAUCUUCUCACUGACAAUUGUUCCCGGAGGUUUCGACCACCUUGCAGUGCUUCAGCAGCCCAGCAACUGUUUCGUCAUGCAAACUUUCCAUCAGCCUGUCAUUGUCAUCGCUCAGGACCGUGCGAACAAUCAGAUCUUUGACCUAACAAUCGAUGUUGUGCCCUCCAAAUACAGCGGUCAGAACUCUAGGUCUCUCUUGCAAGACACCUCUGCUGUUCCCCUCGCGGAUGGACAGGCUAUCUUCCGGUCUUUGCGAUUCAACGACUCGGACUCGUCUGCCGUCAUAAAGUUUUCGACAGAGUCAGGAUGCAGACGCAGCGUCGUGUCGACCUCAUUUGCUGUCUCAGGGUUGCCUGCCCAGGCGAGCUCUGUCUCUCAGUCUACGACAGCCGUUGCCAGUCUUCCUCUUGCAGUCCAGCCCCUCAUCGGGGUUUCCGAUGCAGGCGGACAGAGAUGCUUUGCCUUCGUCGGGUACGUCUGUGCAAACCUCACGGAUCAAACCUUGCUCAAGGGGAACACCACUGCGAUCUUUCAACUAGGAACAGCUCAGUUCACAGACCUGAGCCUCACUAGAGUGGGUACCCAGCAACUGAGCUUCUACCUGUACGAGAGCACAUACCCCCUGUCCUCAAUCAACUGUCUGAUGAGCUCCAAGUUUACGGUAGUGACAAAUCUGCAGAUCACAGUGGGGCAGCCGUCGGAGAUUCGAUUUGACACCACCAGACUCUUCGAUCUCACACAGCUCAUCUCCGGCGUCAACCCGUCAGUGUACCCUGCGGUCCAGAUGUUCGAUGCCGGGGGGAACCUAAUAUCCACCAUGGGUGACUACGGAGUACAAGUAACGCUGUUGGCGUUGGAGAUGAAUUUGAGCCAAAUCAAAUUGAAGACAUCCACUACUUCAUCGCUCUCGAUCGUGACAAGCACAUUUGUUGGAGAGAAAUUCGACUGCAACGGUUUUGUGAUUCAAGGCACUGGGUUUGACCUUUACUUGAAGCUUUCACUGGUGCGCACAGAUGCAGGUGUCGUGUCUCUUCCUUCCAUCAAUCCGCUGUACACAAACACCUUCGACGUGUUGAUAGGAGUCAUGAAUGAACUGAUCAUCUUGCAGCAGCCUUCCGGUUGCAUGCUCAACUUUGCUUGCAAGCAAGUACCAAUAGUGGCUAUUCGAGACAUUGGAGGAAACAUUGUCGCCAAUGACAACUCCCUGGUAUCAAUGUAUAAUGUUGACAUCAUGAAUUCAAUCGCGAAGUUCUACUGGAACGACAAGCUCUGCGAGUCCCUCACUGCAGGAUGCUCAACGAGUGGAGUUGAUGGAGUUUCCCGCUGGAGUUCUGUCAGGUUUGACUGUACGAGCUGCACUGGCAGCGUUAGCCAAAAGCUCAAGUUUGAAGCGACGAAAAGUGACAGAUCUCAGAUAUCGGUUGAAAGUGACACAUUUCUCGUACUGAAAUCCGAAGUGAACAGCAUCAGCAGCAAUCUGAACCAUGUUGAUUGUUAUGGUGGAAAGGCAUGGCCCUUACAACCUAGUUUUGCACUUCUCAAUGUGGAAAAUUACAUUCUCACCCCGUUCAAUGGAGGAUCGGCCUUUGUGGAGAUCGUCAGUCGACCAACAGACUGUCAAAGUGCUAAACUGCUGGGGAAUGCUUCUGUGUUGUUCUACAAUGGAAUAGCAAACUUCACGGACCUCGCCAUUGACAAACAAUGCAUAUCGCCGUACGUUGUCUCGUUCUCAUUUUCAGUUGACUCGAUGCCAACUGGUGCUAGUCUUGCGCUUUCGACGAAUAUCACUGUCCAGGUCAACACUGGAGAUCCUUACCAGCUCAAGAUCACAAGCUUCGCGCCCUCAGGUAGCGAUUUCUAUGCAGGUUUGCCAUUCACAGUCUCAACGCAAGUUUGUGACAAGGGGGGGAAUCCAAUAACAUCCUUCACCAGCAAUCCAACAGUGAAAGUUCAAGUUGAUGAGGAUUUCGUUUCGAACGAGAAUCUCAUCCUCCAGGGUCAGAGUUGCUUCCUGAGCUGCAGCUUGAGCUACUCGCAAGGGUUGUUCACCUCAGACAACUUGCGGAUCAAUCAAGCUCCAAGUUUGUUCCGUCUGGCGAUCACAACCACCUUUCCGUCGAACACUUUUGUCAUCUCGACCAUCUACACUGACUACUUCCAACUCAAAGUCGGCAGUGCAUCUGAGCUGAGACUGGUCAACCAUCCACAAGACUCAGUCAGUGGAGACGUGCUGGGAGACAUAGCUCUUAUGCUGCUGGACUCUGGCGGGAAUUAUCUCGUGACCAACUCACAGUUCAUAGUAAGAGUUAGCGUCUCGUCCGGCUCGGGAUCAAUCUCAGGCGUCCUCAACGCCACUACCUCACAAGGUCUUGCCAAGUUCUCACAGAUCGUCAUAACGUUGACCGACGACAUCUGCAGCAACGUGUUGCAGUCUCACAUCUUACAGUUCGCCGCAGAUUCUGGAGAAUUCAGUACCAACUCCCUGCCUUUCAUCGUCUCUUUUCCUCCCUCAGCCUCUGAUUUUCUUGUCAGUCCGCCUCCCUACAUCGGAUGCGGCUUGAUCUCGGUUCCUCAUGUGAAGAUCGCUGUCGUUGACAAGUGCGGCUUCAUCGUCAGGAGCAGCAUGCAUGAGGCGAAUGUCAGCGCUUUCGUUCAAGACAACGCUCUUGGCUGUCAUCUAAUGCAUGAUAUCAACUCGAAAACGGAUCAAGGGGUUGCUACCUUGUCUGACUUGACACUGAUAUCUCAGACGGGCUAUUGCAACGUCACUUUCUUGGUCUCCACCACUGCUCUCACUUUCUCCCUCUUCAAGCAGAUCUAUGUGUAUCCAGGAAGUGCUGCGAAGUUACAGAUGGAUGUCUAUCAUGAACCUGCGUCUACCAUGAUUCUCUCUGGUCUUCCAUUUCCUCAUCAGCCUAAGUUGUAUGUCAAGGAUGCAGGAAACAACUCCGUGAGAUUGAAUGCUUCCCAGAUGCUCAUGGCAGUCCUUCUGUCGCACAACGACAUCUCUGCUGCCAAUACGACCGAAGCUCUUCUUGGCACUACAAAUAUCAACAUUCAAGACGGGAUUGCGCUCUUCACGAAUUUGCGCGUGAAUCAAGUUGGGAACUUCAGUCUUCGUUUCUGGUUUAACGGUACAUUUCAUGUUGACAGCCUUCCUUUCCAAGUCAGCGUUGGGCCGAUCGCCCAGAUAGUCUUCACGCAACAGCCGAUCUCUGCCAUCUUCAACGAGGAGUUCAGCCCUUCACUUCAAUUGCUCCUUCUCGACCUCGGAGGCAAUCCUGUGCGCGGGACUCCUUGGAUCAAGAUCACUUCCUCCCCCUACUCGCUCUCCUGCAGUGACUGUGAUUCGACUGGUUGCUACGCAUAUGCAGCGCAGAACGAUGGGCAUGUAACUUUCUCAGGUUGCAAAGUUCCUGCAGGGCAGCCUGGAGAUCUCACUAUCAGCGCUCGGGUAGCAGAGCCGAGCAUCUUCGGACAAGCUUUUGCGGUCACGUCGAGGAUGAUCAAGAUGACAGGCUUGCCGUCACUCUUGCAAGUCUCCGACCUUCCCCUGCAUGUCUCCGCCUUCAAUUCAUCGCUCGCCCUGCUGCCCUCCCAACCGCAAGUUCAGUUGCUCGACUCGAGUCUGUCUCCUGUCCUCUGGAAUGUCGGGAGGGUUACGCUCUCCCUUGGCAAGGCGAACGGUAACGACACGCUUGAGCUCCAUGGAACUCUUUCAGUCCCAGUCAUUCAAGGGUUGGCUUCCUUCACGGAUGUUGGGACGACAGGGCAGGGGUCAAAUUUGUCCCUCAUAUUUCAAUAUAACGUCUCGUCCCGCUACUUGGUUAUCCCUCCUGUCCUCCUCCCUAAUUUUUCUUUCGCAAGUGAGUUUCCAGAUGUGUUAGAGGUUCACGGGAUCGAAUCUAGUUUGAGCGCAGGAGACACCAAGAACUUUUCUGUUCAAGGGAAAGAUACUUCGGGCUCAGUGGUAUCGUUAACGGGCAAAGAUAUCAAGCUCGGACUGCAAGUGCAGAAUUGCACAGCGUGUGUAUCGUUUAGAAGUCUGCUAAUUUCGAGUGAGAGUUUGAUUGUGAAUGAUGUUGUUCUCCAGAAGCGUGGAAGUUGGAACAUGACCUUCACUCUGUCCUGGAACGGCAAAUAUGUUGAGAGAACAGUUGGUCCUCUUCAAGUCUUUGCUGGUAAGAUAGGGCAGCUUGUGAUUGUGAAUCAACCGGCAAACUCGACAGUGAGUGUCGUCAUCGAACCGUUCCCUCAAGUUUCUCUUUUGGACGCUCACGGAAACGAUGUUGAAUGCAACCCUGCAUAUGAUUACAGUCAUUCGUUUCUGAAUGUGAACCUUUCCUCGUUGUCGACCGGGUAUUACAGAUUGGAUGGUACUCGCAGCUUGCAAGCUACUUGUCAGAGUUCUCUCCUGACCUUCCAUGAUCUGUCGGUGAAUACCUCAGGGUCUGAUUUCUUUCUUGUCUUCUCUAUGGCCGUGGAUUCCAGGAUGAUCACGGCGACUUCGGCUGCCUUCGCUGUCAGUAGUCGAACUGUAGAAUUUAUGCCUCUCUUCUCAGAUUUGAAUUUGACCUGGACGGCUGGCACUAACUACUCACUAGAAUUUCUCGCUCUUGAUUCAGAUCGAAAGGUGUCUUACUCCAAGAACACCUCUAUGCGCGUGGCCCUGGGCAACACUCCCACGAAUCUCUAUGGGGUGAAAGAAAUCAAUGCUUCAGCUGUUUUUUUGUUCAACAACUUGUCUGUCAUGCAAGUUGGAAAUUUCAACCUCACAUUUUCGCUACUUGUCCAAGAUCAGUUGAGCUACAGCAAGUUUUUUCUUUUGACGGUCAUACCUGGGCAAGGACACCAGCUCGUCAUUGAUCAAAGUCCAGCAAUAUCCGACAAUCAAGCCGGAGUUGCCUUCUCCUGGCAGCCCAUCCUCAGGGUCAUGGACGCGGCAGGGAAUGAGGUUUCCACGGCAUACACAGUUUCUGUUUCCUUGGAUGUUGAUGCGGCUCAAUACUCCUCGUCGUCCGGCCUUGAGUUCAGCCCAGCACUCUCGUCGCUGACAGGAAACCGUGUCAAGGCAGCAGCGGGCCGAAUCGUCUUUACAGAUCUUCUAGUGGACAAGGCUGCAACAUCGUACAAACUUCUCUUCGCCUCUGCUGGACUUCCUUCAGCCUCCAGCAGCUUCUUCAACGUCUCCAUCGGGGCUCCAGACAACCUGAAGGUCUCUCAGCAGCCCCUCUUCCUCGUUGCCAACCGACCUGCUUCAUUCCUGGUAACAACUCACGACAAGGGUGGGAACUUUGUGCCAAGUAACGUAUCCUUCACUGUCACGGCUGCUCUCGCUUUGUCUCCCUUUCAGAGUGCCAGCAGCGUUCUUGAUGGUGUCUUGCAGCAAAACGUUCAUGAUGGCAGAGCUUUCUUUGAUGACGUCAUCUUCAAGGUAGCGGGGGCCUUCUUCCGCCUUCGUUUGAGCAGUCCGGGGUUGACGUCAGCUACUUCUCGAGCCUUUGCCGUCAUCUCAUCCUUCUCAUCUGCUGCCUGCACUGCAAGCACUACAAGUUAUGCUCCUUGCGGUCUACCUGAGGAGAACGCGAUGUCUCUUGUUCUGCAAUCGAGCGGACAGAAAGUUGCGGCAAACGAAUCUUUGAACAUCAGCUCUAUCCUGAAGUUCAUUGACACGAUGGGAAGGAGUCAAUCUCCCGUGUGCUCGUCCAUGUUCUACACCGUGAGGAGAGGUGGACUUUUGGUUGAUGCCCAGAGUCAUUCCCUAGGGGGAUGCAGCUCUCUUGAUGGGCAGUUUCCGUGCAAUUCUUUGCGAGUUCUUCUCAUCGGGACGUAUGACAUUCGCUUCACUCUGUCUUGUUCUGGAAUCUUGUAUCAGAGCCCAACUUUGAACUUGACCGUCCUUCCCCAAGUGCCCUGCUGCUUACAUUUUCAAACUCCUCCUCCAUCCCGAGUUGUACAACAUGAUGAAUUUAGCUCACAACUCUACCUGACGGAUGCCUAUGGGAAUCCUGUGAACGACAGCAUUUUGAUACAUGCUGACGUAGUUGACAUCCUUGCAAACUCAAAGCCAUUCACGUUCAGUGCUCAGCCUAUGGAAAAAGGUUCGCUGUCUUUCGUAGGAAUGUCCUUCUCGUCUCCCGGCGUCUAUCACAUCCGCUUCCUUCCCGCAAGCUCAGGCGCCAUCGCAUCACCGGCUGCUGUCACCGUCGAGGCGUAUGCUUCAUCCGUGCCCGCCAGCAUUUCUUUCUCUGCCUCGCCCGUCACAGCCAUAGCAAAGUACGCAUCUCAAGACCUCUCCAACAAGAAGAACUUCUACUUGGACGCGCCUCCAAGGUUGCAGUUGAAAGACAGUCUGGGGAACCAGGUCAACAUCUUCCGAGGGGUCGUGAAACUAUUCUUGAGCUCCUCCAACACAAACUUCAAGUUCACCGGGGACACCACGUCCCUGUUCUUCCUUCCAUCGCAAGAUCUGAAGAGCGUCAACCUGCAGGCAGCAAGGGCUUCCUCGACGACUUCUCCUGUCACUUUCAUUGCGUCAGCUCAGUCUUGUCAGACGUGCAGCAAACUGUUCGACGUCGAGUCAAAUCAGAUCUACGUGUCCGACUAUGUCUCACAGGUCGAUCUGGGUCUUUCGCGAUCAGGGUUUCCGGCUGGCGAUCCCGUGGAGGUUGUCACUUCCAUCACAGAUGCGGCAGCAAAAGUUUUCUGCGGUCAAGUCACUUUCGCUCAGAUGGUCUACUUUGACCCAAUGGCGUCAACCAGCGUUGUUGACGUGCAGAAUUUUGACUUCUCAGGAAUUCCCAAAAAUCAUUCUUGCGGACAAUCGUCGUUGAGUCUCAGCAUCAAGAAGAACGUCGGUGCGUACCCGCUCAAGGUCGUUGUUUGCUUGCAGGGCCUGUUUGAGCCGUGCUUCUGGUCGAGAUCGCUCCUUCUUAACGUCUCGCUCGGACGAGCUGUCGGCUUUCAGCUGGUCCGAGGCCCCGAUCAAACCGGCUCCAUCAAUCUCGGCGGGUCAGCCUUUGUCCCCCAGCCAGUCCUGCAGGCUGUCGAUUUUGGAGGGAACGCCGUCGGAGUGCAGCAGGCAGCGACUGUACGAGCAGAUCUGAUAGGAGCAGGUCAGUCUCAACUCUUGGGGAAUCGCGACUGCAGCGUCAGUGCGAACGGAACCUGUGCCUUCACGAACAUGGCAAUCGACAGGGCUGGCAUGGGAUACCAGAUCUCUUUCUCCGGCUCCUUGUUCAACACAUCGAUCCUCUCAAAGCCCUUCAAUGUUGCCGUCGGUCCUUCCAGCAAGGUUCGCCUCCUUCAGGCCCCGCUCAACAAUUCCGCGGGCGUUCCUCUCGUCGUACAGCCGCUGGCUGCAGUCACAGAUGCUGGCGGGAACUGGGUGAACGAGGCGUCGGUGCAGAUGGAGAUAGGCUUCUGCUGUCAAUGCGAUACAACGCCAACCAACUGCUCGCUCAGAGGAAACAAGGUUAUCUCAACCCUCAACGGAGUGGCGGACUUCACAGAUUUGGUGAUCGCAAGGACAGGGGCGAAGAUCCCUAUCCUCUUCCGCCUUCUCCCUGUCAGCGUCGCCUGCUCGUCUGUCAGGUUCCCGUUGGACUGCUCAACCUCGUGCUGCUCGUCAACUGGGAGCGUCACAGUCACAGAGGGUCCUCCUGCAGCACUUGUGCUGCAAGAUCAACCUGCCGUGUCGCAGCAAGCUGGUGUGGUUUUCAGUGCACAACCAUCGGUACAGCUGGUUGAUGCAGGAGGAAAUGCUGUUCUAGGAUCGAACAAGUUCACCGUCACUGCUGUUCUCGUGACAGGCAGCCAGCAGGUGGAGAUGUUGGGAUCAACGACACUGGUCGCGACUCUUGGCAGAGUCGUAUUCACUGACCUGAGGACCAUGAAGGAAGCGAGUAGCUACACCCUCACCUUUCGCGUGUACCAGGACGGAGUUGCUAUAAACAUUUCAGUCUCCUCUUCCACCUUUGCAGUCUCCACUGGACAGCCAGCUGCUUUGAUCUUUGAUGGAAUCCCCAGCAAGCGACCAGCAGGAACAGCGCUGUCGACCUUCCCGAGCGUGAAGUUGGUGGAUGCUGGAGGAAAUCGAGUGAUCUUGCCGUCUGCCAAAAUUUCCUACUGGUUGCAGAGCAGCUGCCAACAAAGUGUGAUAGUCGGAGAUGUGCAGCAAUCCUCGUCCAUAGCCUACACGUGGACGUCAAGCAUCAACUAUCCCUGCUCCUCCAGCAGGCUCGUUGCUUCCGUCUCCUCGUAUCCCUUCAUCGCACUGUCGAAGCCGUUUGUCAUCGACGUCGGAGGUCCAGCAGACUUCCUCGUAGUGCAAACGAUGGCCUAUCAGAUUGUCGUGAAAUGGCAGAAUCCCCCGACAGGACCAGCCCCGUCGACCUACCUCAUCGAGUACUCUCCGUUCGCCUACCCCAACGGCACAGAAGUCUUCAUCUCUUCGAUGACCAUCUCAUCGCAGUCAACGACAGCAACACUGACGGCGUUAGACCCAAAGGUUCUCUACAACAUCAGUGUGUGCUCGCGCUCUGUGUAUGCGACUCAACCGGCCUGCUCGUCUGACUCCUUGUCGCUUUUCUCAGCUCCUAUCGCAAGUGCUGCCAACCUCACAGUCGAGCAUGUGGACGAAAGUUCUGCUUUCAUCUCCUGGUACUCGCCCUCCCUUGGCCUCCAACCUCCUUCCUACCGAGUCAUCCAGCGCUGCGUCGACAACCGCACUUGUGGUGAAAUGUACAACGUCGACAUGGCGGCCCUGACCUUUGUCACCUCUCUGUCCUCCUACGUCUCGCAGGAUCGACUUGGGUCCUCUUUGCCGGGCACGAAACUCAGCUACUUGAUCACCAACUUGACUUCGGGCCGAGGAUACACCUUCGAGGUGCGAUCGCAAUUCGCCGCUCCGGGCAACAUGUUCUCUCCGUCAGGUCCAGUCACGCAGACUAUCUACCCCACGGCCACCGCAAACUCUCUCUCCUUCAAAGUCGAGUGUGUCGCUCCUUGCAACAACCCGCCGACCAUGAAGCUCAGCUGGACAGCAGCUCCUGACGAGAACUCUAGGGUGGUUGUCAACUACCUCAGCAUCGUCGCUCCUCCCGUGACAUCUCCCUUCACCAGCACGGGUGAGUACAGCUUCCCGAACAGCACCUUGGUCCGCGGGGCCUUCCUCUUCAUCCAGCUGCUCACUCAGAAUGUUCCUUCCAAGCUGGACAUGCCGGUCGCUCAGAUCUCCUACAGGCUCGUGUCUCGCCCGGCUCCUCCCUUCUCUCUCGCUGUCGUCAUCGUCAGCAACGACCUGUUCUUCGUGAGCUGGCUGCCUCCUAUUGAUGUCGGGGAUGGAACGAGAGAUGGAGUGCCGAUCCUCGGGUACAACGUCAAGUGCAAGCGAGCAGACGCGACCGUCUUGUUCGAUACGACAGUGGGGCGGGAGGUGCUCAACGUGACGAUUUCCUCGCUGCAACGCGGAGAGACUUACGAGGUCUCCGUGACCGUCACGACGAAGAAGAAUCUCCUGGAGGGAGGAGAGCAAUUUGUCAGCGAGCCAGCAACUGUCGAUCAGUACAUGGGCUACCUGCCUGUUCUGAUCCCCUCCUUCGAUGCUGCCGUCACCUACGACGCCUUCAUCGGAGUCGUCUUCAGCAGGAACUUGACAGCGCAGGACAUGGAUAUCAACCAGACUCUAGAGGUAGUGAUGGAUAACAGCGAGGGCUGCCUCGGCAGCCUCCUCCUCCUCCAUGGGGCAAACCCCGUGCUGUUCCGCUAUUCCUUCCUUCCCAAGGUCAGCGACUCUGGCAAGAUGAUCACCAGCUGCUUCCUCGCUCGAGACUCGCAGGGUCUGACCUCCUCCAGGCUCUGUAUCCUCCUCCGCAUUGCGAGCCCGAGCCCUUCCUUCCUGCCACUCGCCGGUGCCCUGCCGCUCGCCAGCGCGCUUCCUGCGCAUGUGAAGGGAGAGUUCCUGGCAACGGCAGGAUGCAGCCUUGCCGUGACCAUAGCGGGCGCAGACGGAACGAGCGCGGGGAUCUCACCCGCAGAAGCGUCGAUCCUCGGCUACGAGCUGAGGAUGAAGCAUCAACUCACUAUCAUCACCUCCGCCGCGGGAACUUCGCUGACCUUGCAGGGGCUGCCGCCCGGCGCUGAGUUCCUAGGGUCCGACAUGGUGUGGGCGAACCCGGUGGAGAGAAACUUGCUGUGGAAGCCAGCGAGGGGGCAGGAUUCGCUCAAGUACGACUUCUGCUUCAUCCUUACAGAUUCCUCGGGCAUCUCAACGACUGGAGGGUACGGGCUGCUGGGAGGAAGCGACUUCUGCCUGCGCAUAUCUGUCAGCCGCUGCAAGUACUGCAUCCAGGAGGGCGAGUCUCUCUACGACAUCUCCCACGUGUGGCGGACGACAUGGCUGAACCUCUGGAGCGGCAACGAGCAGCUGGUUCACCCGGCACUCCCCGGAGUCGGAACAGAGCUCCUGCUCGGGCAAGUCUACAAAGCUCUGGCAAGCGACACCCUCCAGUCUCUGUCCGCCAAGUUCAUGGUCACCAUCGACGACUUGGUCUUCUGGAACCCCGACCUUGCUGUCAACGUGUCGCUGUCGAGCACGGACAGACUCGUGGAAGGACAGGCCAUCUGCAUACUCCCCAAGCGGGUUUGCGUUCUGCACCUCGUCCAAGUCGAAGUUGCGGGGUCUGUCUCCUUGUAUCUCCUCUGUGAACUUCUUGAAGAUCUGAUCAUUCUCCGCUCGUUGGUCUCCUGCAGGAUUUGA